CACAGCGUCCCGGGCGGGGCUGACUGUGCCGUCACCUUGGCAAGCCCGGGGCCGCUGCUCACAAGCCGCUCGGCUCUGCUCGGCCGGCAGCGCUGCAGCGGAGCGGACGCAACGACCUGCAUGCAGCCCUGCAGCGAGGAAUGGAGGCGCUGGCAGCCCUCAAUGCAGACAAGCAAAUUGCCGCAAGUGAAAAAAGAGGCGUGCAGACGAGCAGGGUCGGAGUUACGAAUCUCGAGGAUUUAUUUUCAUUAGAUAUCAUUUAUUCUUAAAAAAUAAAAAAAAACAGCAACCAGGAAAACCAAUGUUUAUUUAAUAAGUGCCUUGGAAGCGAGAGGGACAGGGUGCAAUCCGUGCUCAGGAGAGAAAGCUGCCAUUCCCAAGCUCGGGGUUUGAAAAGAGGGCAAAGUGGUGCGGCAGAGAACACAGAUCAAUUGGUUGCACCGUCUUCAAAUGAAAUUUGAACAACCAACAGCUGCAUAUCAAAUAAAAACACUGCUUGAUGUCUUAAUAUGGGAUUGAAGUCUGCCUGGCUCUCGAUCCAAGACUAGCUGGUCAGUGAGAACUCAGCAGUGAAGAUGGCUGCAAGGAUAAGCCUGCGAUGCUGCUUCCUCCUGUCCGUGUCUGGCUAUUUGCUGUGUGCCCUGGCCCAGGGGACAAACCUCACCGCUGUAAACGGGACGGAGCGGAUGGUGGGACGGGUGCCUUUUAUUACGUCUCAGCUGGAUCACCUGAUCGCCAAGGAGGGGCUCAGCGUGGCGAUCGGCUGCAACGUCAGUGGGAGCCCCGUGCUGCAUGUCCAGUGGUACAACUCGAACGGCCGCUUGCUGAAUCAGGAGGAGGGGAAGUGUUGGAUAUCGGAGAGCGGUUUGCUGAACAUCACCAUGGUGACGUUUGAGGAUCGAGGGAAGUACACUUGUGUGGCCUCCAACCCUUACGGGACCAUCAACUACACGGUGACUCUACGAGUCAUCUUCACCUCGGGGGAUAUGGGCAUUUACUACAUGAUCGUUUGCCUUGUGGCGUUCACUAUAGUGAUGAUCUUGAACGUCACCCGCCUGUGUAUGAUGAGCAGCCACCUCAAGAAGACCGAGAAAGCCAUCAAUGAGUUUUUCAGGACAGAGGGUGUUGAGAAGCUGCAGAAAGCCUUCGAGAUUGCGAAGCGCAUCCCCAUCAUCACGUCGGCCAAGACCCUAGAGCUGGCCAAGGUCACCCAAUUCAAGACGAUGGAAUUUGCCCGCUACAUAGAGGAGCUGGCCAGAAGCGUGCCUCUCCCUCCGCUCAUCAUGAACUGCAAGACGUUUGUGGAGGAGAUCAUGGAGGUUGUAGGCAUGGAAGAGCCAGGUCAUAUGUACGUGGGAGAUGUGCCGGCCAGGCGGGACGCUCAGGGUGAACUGUACUCCGUACCCAACGCUAUAAAAUGGUGUAACUCGUCGGCUGGGGACUCGGACGAGGUGUCUUUGCACGAGCAGCCCCAACAGAUUGCAAUUAAGGUGUCGGUGCACCCCUUGACUAACAGCGAGGAGGGACAAUCUCAGCAAAGUGCCAGCCACCAGCCCGAGGAGGAUGCCGAGGAGACGGAGGCAGGACCGGCGGAUGCUGGCCAGAACUCCGGACCGGCGGAUGCUGGCCAGAAUUCCGGACCGGCGGAUGCUGGCCAGAACUCCGGACCGGCGGAUGCUGGCCAGAAUUCCGAACCGGAGAUUGCCUGCGAGGAUACGGUGCCAGAAGCCAAGGUGGUGAUGGAAAACAUCGAGCAUCCUUCACCAGCCGUGGUCCGGAAACCCACCCGGGUUCUGUACGAGAGCCACGUGUAGUGCGAGCUCCUCACAUCCUCAGACAUGACAGUCGGCACGAUCUUAACAAUAAAAACAUUACCAGAAGAUCAUUGCAGAAGAGAAGCAAAUGAAAUAAGCAUGUUUUGUUUUAAAUUAUGUUGCGUCGGGUUACUUUGGUCACUACUGGAAUCACAUUGAAAUAGUUAAUUUUGUUUGGGGGGAGAAAAAAAACGCAUCUAAUUUUGUUUUGCAAAAAGAUGUAAUCUUCCUCAAUGUUAUUUUCUGUGAGCACCUAUACGUAAAUGCGUCACAUUAUGUAUCUGUCCAUUGAACUAUUUAACCUGACUAUUUUAGCUCAUUGUCCCAUUCUCAGUUGGUCAGACUUACUAAGUUCCGCUUCCUGCUGCAAUGUACACGGGCUGGUAGAUAUUCAGUAUUCAUCGAAGUAAAAAUUACCAAAUACAAUAAAUAUUCAUGCACAAGAA